AGAUUGGAGACGAUUUUAUUCAGUUUUGCCCGUUAAAGGGUUAGUAGUAGCUGAAAUGCAGUUCACCUAUAAGAGUAUUUGCUGCCUAAGUAUGUCCUACCUUAAUUUCGAUGCCGGCUACGGCUGAUUGUGAAACGGUGGAGUUCAAAAAUAACAGGCCAGCAAAACUUUUCUGCUAGGAAAAAAGGAAAGUCAGAAGUGCGAGGAAAGCUACCAAGUUCAAGCUACAAAGCUCCAAAGUUGUCUCAUAGCGGGUUGGUCCUAUAUUUUAUCAUUAAAAUGAACAUCAAUAGUUACGCGUUAGUAUUGUGGGAAAAACGAAGAUGAUGACUGAAUAACGUUAGACAUCACCUGGCACUUAUUUCCCCCAACAGAAACGUCUGGCAAUGUUACAUUCGAACAUAACUCAAAGUCAAAACUGCCGAACUAGCAUUUUUCUUGCAUGCUCUGAUCACGGUUACAUUUGCGCCUCGUGGCUCGUCUCGCGUCUCCGCCACAACCCCUAAGCUCGUCGAGCUAAUCAAUUUUGAACACAAGCGGCACGGUAUAAGAUUUGUAACCGAAUGAAAAGCCGAACGCGAAUGUAAACAGAAAGCGCGCGUCUCCCGCGAGCUCCUUUUACACACCUGCCCAAAAAACGCGUUUGUAAACGGUGGGCUCGACUCGCGGCUCAGCUCGCCACUCGCACGCGAAUGUAAAGCGCCAUAACGAAUUUUCUGGGAACCCCCCGUAUCCACGUACAUACGAUGCGAUUGCAUUAAAGCUUGUUCAGAAACCUAGGAUUUUUUCUUUUUAAUGACAUGACCAUUAUAUAAAUGAAGCAAAAACGUUUUCUUAAUAUUUUGUUAAAACAUGUAGCAAGUAUCUAAAUUUGUCACAAUCAAUAGUUGUAGGUAUGAGAAUGAACUGGUAAUUAAACUCAUUUUUAUGAGAUUUUUUUUAUUAUGAAAAUUAUAACUAAUAAUUAAAGUUUCUGAACAACUAUUUUUAAAUUCGACGAAACGUCAAGUGUCAAAAUAAAGUUACGUGCUGUUGGAAGCAAAAAGCCGGUACAAUCGUUUUCUUAAAAUUAUUAAUUAAAAUAACAUAAAAUUUGCUUUAAAAAUGCUUCUCAAGAAACUAUUCACUAUAGUUUUCGUACGCAACGAUACCCAAGUACUAUUAGGCUUGAAGAAACGUGGUUUCGGCGUAAACAAGUGGAACGGUUUUGGCGGUAAAGUCGAGCCCAAUGAAACAAUAGUUGACGCAGCUGUGCGAGAGUUGAAAGAAGAAUGUUGUCUUAUUGUUAAAAAGAGCGAUAUGAAAAAUAUUGGGCACCUAGAAUUCACAUUUGAAGGUGAAUCGACAAUGAUGGACGUGAGAGUAUUUAGUACUACGGUUUACGAAGGUACGCCUACGGAAACAGAAGAAAUGCUACCUAAAUGGUUCAAUAAUGAUGAAAUCCCAUAUAAGGAUAUGUGGCUUGACGAUGAAAUAUGGUACCCAUACAUGUUGAAGGGCAAGCUUUUCUACGGCAGGUUCCAUUAUCAGGGACAUGAAAAAAUUAUAAGUUACAAUGUGGAAGAAUUGAAGUCUAUGGAGGAGUUUUAUGCUAACAGGAAAUAAGUUUCAAGCUGGAAACGUCAGUGGCCGUGUUGAUUAAUGGGUUGUUGAUUCUGACCACUAAGAUUUGAUAUAACUAUAAUUUAAAUGAAAGUAUUACCAUCACAAAAUUGCUUAUAACACAAGUAUUUUCUUUGCUAAUUCUUUUAAUUUUAAUAGCAGCGUUUUACCUUACAAUAAAACGCUUAUUAAGCGAAAUACCUUAUUUGAAGCCUAUUUAAUAUUUGAGAGUGCGAUGCUGUUUGACAGAUGACGUAGCGGUUCACUAUAGGCUGACACCUACC